AUGCCAACAUCAUCAGAAAGUCUACCAAUAGCCGCCUCACCUGAUACAUUCAAUAUACAUAAUAAUGAUUAUGAAGACCUUGAUUAUCGUCCAAUAACUCGUGAAAUAAUGUCAGCUUAUUUAUCUUCACGCCAUCAUCGUACUGUAACAAUAUAUCAUGCUAAAGUUGCACAAAAAUCUUAUGGAAAUGAAAAACGAUUCUUUUGUCCACCACCAUGUGUUUAUCUAUCGGGUGAUGGUUGGAAUUCUAAUUCUGAUAAAUCUUGUUGUUCAUCAUCAUUAUCUUCCUUAUAUGAACAAGAACAUUUAUGUGCAAUGAUUGGUAUAAGUGAACCAUUAUAUUCAAACGAGCAUGAAAAUUAUCUAUCAAAUGAAAUGCAAAAAUUAUCAAUUGAAAAUGGAAAUAUAAAAUAUGGUUCAGCUAAAACAUUAUUUAUAUCUGAUACUGAUAAACGUAAAUAUAUUAAUUUAAAUAUAAAAAUAAUCUAUACGGAUAAUUAUCAUUCUAAUCCAUAUGUUGGAUUAUUUCAAAGUCAAAAAAUAAAAGUUAUAUCAAAACCAUCAAAGAAAAAACAAUCAAUUAAAAAUGCUGAAUCAGUAUGUAUUCAAUCGGGAACAAAAAUUGCUUUAUUUAAUCGUCUUCGAAGUCAAAAUGUUAGUACAAGAUUUUUACAUGUUGAUGAAAAUAAACAAUUUCAUGCAAGUGCACAUGAAUGGGGAUCAUUUUAUAUUCAUUUAGUUGAUAAUGAUGAUUUAUCAAUUGAAUCAAAUCAAUUUUCAGUUAAAGAAGGUUUUAUUCAAUAUGGUUCAACAGUUAAACUUGUUUGUUCAAUAACAAAUCAAUCAUUACCUUAUUUAAUUAUUCGAAAAGUUGAAAAAAAUCGUAUAUUAAUCGAUUCUGAUGAACCAGUAUCACAAUUACAUAAAUGUGCAUUUGAAUUUAAAAAUCAUCCAUCAAAUUUUAUUUAUUUAUCAUUAGUUAAUGAACGUAUUGUUGCAAUAACAGGUAAAUCAUGCAUAAAUGAACGUUUUCGUGUUGAUAUUAAUGAUGCAGCAUGUUGGACAAUAAUAUCAACUGAUAAAGCAGAAUAUACAUGGUUUGAAGCACGAGGUCCUGUAGCACAUCCAAUAACCCCAGUACCCAUUGCAAGACAUAUUGUUGUUGAUGGUGGUGGUACAGCAGCAACAAUUGAAUUAAAUGGAGAAAAUUUUAUACCAGGUUUAUCAGUAUGGUUUGGUGAAACUGAAUCACCAUAUACAGAAUAUCGAUCAAGUGAAACAAUGGUUGCUGAAGUUCCACAAUUUUCAUCUUUAAUGCCGAAUAUGUCAUGGAUUCAACGAUCUAUAUCAACACCAAUUGUAUUAGUACGUCGUGAUGGUGUAAUUUAUUUAACAUCAUUAAUUUUUAUAUAUACACCACAAUCAGCAACUAUUCAAAAAAUAUCGACAGCAGACGAUAUUAUACCUUCUAAAUCAGAAAGUGACUUUUGUGAAUAA